GGCAUCCACAAAUCUAUAAAUAACGCUACGAGAAGGGAAGAUUAACUCCAAGUCUGAAUUCCCAUUUCUCUGCUAAAUUUGAGAGAAUAUACAGUUGCAGUUCUCACCGGAAAAGAUGGUGCUUAAGGUCUACGGCGUCGUGUUCUCACCGCCAGUGUUGAAAGUUAUUGCCUGUCUCAAAGAGAAGGAGCUCGAUUAUGAGUUUGUUUCUCUUGAUUUUCAGGCUGGAGAACUCAAAAAACAACCUUUCCUUAGCCUUAAUCCUUUUGGUAAAAUGCCAGUCAUUCAGGAUGGAGAUUUUACCCUCUUUGAGUCUAGAGCAAUCACUCAAUAUAUUGCGCACACAUAUGUUAGUGGGAGUCAAUUGGUCCCAAAAGAUCAUAAAGCAAUGGCAACCAUGUCAGUGUGGAUGGAGGUCGAGGCUCACGAAUUUGAUGCGGUAGCUUACAAGCUGAAUUUUGAGCUCAUCGUAAAGCCCAUGCUUGGCAAGGUGACCGAUGAUGAAGCGGCAACAAAACACGAGGAGGCGCUCGCCAAGGUUCUUGACGUGUACGAGAAACGACUCCAGGUGUCAAAAUUCUUGGCCGGUGAUUGCUUCACAUUGGUUGAUCUUCACCAUACACCUCUCGUAAAUUACCUCAUGGCUUCUAAAUGCAAAGCUCUUUUCGAAGCACGUCCACAUGUUGAUGCGUGGGUUCGUAAUAUCUUGACCAGGCCUGCUUGGUUAAAGGUUCAAGAGCUGAUCAAGCAGACCAGCGUCCCCGCUUCUUAAUUCAAUCAUAUGAGUGUGUGAGUUAUAUCUGAGAACUUCAUCGUUUGUCUUGAGUUAUGAAUGCUUCAUCUUUUCAUAAUUAUUUAUGUUGUGUUGUACUUUUGAUCGCAUUUGGUUUCUAUCUGAGAGUUACGGUUGCCUUUUACUAUAUGCAAUAAUGUUGCGGAAGUUUUAUUUAUAAAAUUGUCCAAUGUCAUGUACUUUCAUCAUAUUUAUAUAUGAGUUGCUUGCUCUACUCUUGGUUUCACAUG